CGGCCCAGAAGUUGGAAGCAAUUACUCUAGAGUAUCAAAAGACUGAAGCAAGUAAUUAAUCAAACCUCAGGACAGACAGGCGAGCACAAAGCCGCUGGGCACCAGUACACGUGCCCAGCUCCGCCCUUAGUUUGGCGAAGCUAGGAGUUCUGACCCUUCCUGCGACCUGUCGCACGGCGGAGCAAGCGCGGAAGUUGGACCGGCAGUGAGUCGCUAUGGAACCCGACGGGACCUACGAGCCAGGCUUCGUGGGUAUUCGAUUCUGCCAGGAAUGUAACAACAUGCUUUACCCCAAGGAGGACAAGGAGAACCGCAUUCUGCUCUACGCGUGCCGGAACUGUGAUUACCAGCAGGAAGCCGACAACAGCUGCAUCUACGUCAACAAAAUCACGCACGAAGUGGACGAGCUGACUCAGAUCAUCGCUGACGUGUCCCAGGACCCCACAUUGCCGCGAACCGAAGACCACCCGUGCCAAAAGUGCGGCCACAAGGAGGCGGUGUUCUUCCAGUCACACAGUGCUCGGGCCGAGGAUGCCAUGCGCUUGUACUACGUGUGCACGGCCCCGCAUUGCGGCCAUCGUUGGACCGAGUGACCCUCUCUCUUCCUUGUGUAAUAAAUGCUGUGCUCUGUGA